AGAAGGGUGUUUGGUCUAGUGGUAUGAUUCUCGCUUCGGGUGCGAGAGGUCCCGAGUUCGAUUCUCGGAACACCCCAGUUUGUUAUAUAAAUUUUCAAUUUCAAUUAAGAGAGAAACGUAAUCUUAAUUGAUUCAUACAGUUUAUAGUUUUAUAACUCAUGCAAAAAACUCUUCCACUAAUACCAUGUAUACACUCUCUUACUUGAAUGGUAGAUUUGAAAUAAUGAGUGCCAAGAUGAGCAUUGAUUUUGUAUCUAGCGACAACAACAUCAAUCUAUUAAUAAUAAGAAUAAUAAUCACUCAUCAAAGCGAUGGUGUUAAUUAUUGUUAAAUGAUGAAUGUAACGCGACAAUAAUUUUACAAUAACGAAAAGGAAGACUAAAUCCGGAGAGUCUAUCAGCUUUUGGAUCCUGGAGUGCACAGCACAUUCAUGAUGGCCCUCGUAGCGAUAAUAAUGGGUCUCUUAUUGUUUCAGUCGUCUUUUGCGGAAGAAGACGACGCCUUUGUGCUCACACAGGACACCUUCGAAAACGAGGUUGGCCAUGAUCGCGGCGUUCUCAUCAAGUUCUACGCUCCCUGGUGUGGCCACUGUAAAAAGCUUGUACCGGAGUAUGAAAAGCUCGCAGCAACUUUCAAGAAAACCAAGUCCGUUUUGAUCGCCAAAGUAGAUUGUGAUGCAGAUAAAAGCAUUUGCUCUAAAUAUGGGGUUUCUGUUUACCCUACAAUUAAGUGGUUUCCUCAGGGUUCUUUAGAACCUAUGUUAUAUGAAGGUGCAAAAACCGCAGAAGCCCUUGUUGGAUUUGUGAACAUGAAAGGAGGUACCAAUGUAAAGAUAGCAACAACUCCAUCUGAUGUGGUGCCUCUCACCUUAUUUAACUUUGAUAAGAUUGUCUUGGAUAAAACAAAACAUGUUCUUGUUGAGUUCUAUGCACCCUGGUGCAAACAUUGCAAGGCCUUUGCCCCUACUUAUGAAAAGGUUGCUACAGCAUUUAAACCAGAAGAAGAUGUAGUUAUAGCUAGUAUUGAUGGUGACAUGUACAAGGAUGUAACUACAAAAUAUGAAAUUACUAGUUAUCCCAAACUGAAAUUGUUCAGAAAGAGCAAUAAAGCUGGUGAAGUUUAUGAAGGUGCUCGUAAUUUGGAUGAUAUUGUAUCUUACAUCAAUGAGAAAUGUGGCACAAAUCGCGAUGGACAAGGAAGACUUACUUCUAAAGCUGGUAUAGUAGCAUCCCUGGAUAAGUUGGUGAAGAAAUUUGUGAAUGCAGGUGACAAUGACAAAAAGGCCAUCUAUUCACAACUUGAAGAGGAAGUUGAGGAUCUUGAAGGAUCUGAUGCAAGAUAUGGCAAAUUGUACUUAAAACUUGCUAAGAACUGUAUGGAAAAGGGUAAAGAGUAUGCAAAGAACGAGGUUCAACGUCUUGAGAGAAUGCUUGAAAAGUCAAUAAACCCAACCAAGACAGAUGAAUUCACUCUCAAGAAGAACAUCUUAUCUUUAUUUGCUUAAUCCUUAACAUGGUGAAAUAAAGGGUAAUUAAUGGCAUUCAGAUGCUGCAUGUAAUUCCUUAGUUCCAACGUGUCAUUGCCUUGGUUUUCUUUAUGUCACCUAAAUAUGUACUAGUCUAUUAGGCUUAUUUUUGCAAUGUUAGCCUAUAAAAAUUAAAACAAAAGAUACUUCAAUCAGGUAGUAUAAUUGUUCAUUUGCUCUGUAUUUUAAUA